AGCGGCGAGAGGGGGCGGGGCCAAGCCGGGAAGGACACGCCCCCUCCGAGCGCGGACCCCUCCCCUCUCUCCUCCCCCCUCCCUUUCCCGAGAAGCCUCUUUUUCCCCCCUUAGUUCUGAUGCUAUCUCCUGAUUGCGACAGAGGGAGGUGGGCUUCCCAUUGGUCCCCGGGGGCGCGCGCCCUACAAGCCAAUGCUGGGUGGGGUGGAGAGAGCAAGGGAGGGGGCGUGUCCUCCUCGGACAGGGAUCCAGGGGAGUCUGCCAUUCACUGUGAGGCUCUCUCUCUCUCUCAACAUUCAUAAAAAAGGACACCCUCGUCCCGUGCAAGAGACUAGGAUUGAAUGCUUUAAUGGGGAGUGUGGGGAGUCUCAUUGAUUCGUAUUGAAGAGGCGAUGGCAGAAGCGAGCUGUCUGGGGCUGUGUCCGCCUGAGCGACCUCUUCCCCAGCCUUGCCAUCCUCCUAUGCGCGUUUAUCCGGCAGUAAGUCAGUCCCACGGGCUUCAAGGGCGCUUACUCCUAGCAAAGUUCUCCUUAUUAACAAAACAGAAAGCAGAAGUUAUACGAGCCCACCUGGAAUCUAAGAUCAUCUGGGGAGGCCCUGCUCUCAAUCCCUCGUCUUUCACAGGCACGAUUGGCAGCGAUGAGAGACAGGACCUUUUCAGUGGUGGCCCCCAGGCUGUGGAACUCCCUCCCCAGUGACAUCAGAUCUGUGCCCUGCCUCAUGGUCUUUAGGAAGAAACUAAAAACCUGUUUGUGGAAUCAUAUGUGCAAUGAAGAAUUGACAUUGGACUGGCCGUGGAUCAACGCUUUCGGAUUGUGUGAUUUUAACUGUUUUAUUUGAGAUAUCUGUUUUUAAUUGGAAUGUUUUAAAUGCUAUGGUUUUGACCAUUUUUAACACUAUGUUCGUAGUAUGCUGUAAACCGCUUUGGGAGGAAGGUGGUAUAUAAAUGUUUAAAUAAAUCUAAAUCCAUAUUAAAAGUGAAAACCCGUAUGUGUGUAUGUGGCACGCAUGUCCGCUCACACAGACAGCCUCUGGCCUCCACAAACAGACUACACUUCCCACUGCUCAAAAGCCAGCAAGUCACUACUUUGCACUGAUAUUGAGGUUACAGCGAGCACUAUAAACAUGUAGCCCAACCCCUGCCAAUGUCCUCCCCAAACACUACAAACAACCACCAAGGAAUGCUUUCAUUUGGGGACAAUUUCAUCCUACAUUUUGCUUUUUCUUCCACCACACGCAGGCAUUCCUGGGUUCUCCAUUGCUGUGGAAUUUGCAUGACCCCGCCUACUGCCCUUGCACCACACACAGGCAUCCCAACAUUCUCCAUUGCUGUGGAAUUUGCAUGACCCCGCCUACUGCCCUUCCCUUUCAAAUCUGUCUGCAUAACAAACAGCAGAAUUUAGCUGCAACUACACUUACUGGAGGAGUUUGGGACAUUGAAGUUGUAGUUUACCCUGCAUCAAGUCAGAGCAUUGUGACUCCUACUGGGAAAUUUAUAGGAGUUGUACUUUACCAAUGCCCACAACGCUAUGAACCUAAACAAUUAUGGGUCUAGAUCAAAUUUGCCAUGCAUACCUGAUAUGUCCAGAUUUCAGUACUGGUGGGUUUUGAGGGGAAUUGGCCUGGACAUUUGGGAGUAGUAGGUACUGGGAUUUAUAGUUCACCUGCAAUGAAUGAGCACUUCGAACCCCACCAAUGAUGCACCAGGACCAAACUUGCCACACACAGUCCCCAUAAGCAAUACAACGUAUUGGACAAGUUGGGGAAAAGGGGAGUUAUAGUUCACCUGCAUCCAGAGAAACACUGAUGCCCACCAACAAUGGUCCAGGACCAAACUUCGCACAGAGAAGCCUCAUAACCAACUGAACAUACUACACGGGUUUGUGGGAAUGGGCCUUGAUUUUCGGAGUUGUAGUUCACCUGCAUCCAAAGACCAUUGACCCCAGCCAACGACGGAUCUGGACCAAACUUGGCACACAGAUUCAACAUAGCCUGCUGUGCAUACUGACAAAUGAUGUGGGACAAUUGUCCCAGGACACUGCAAGUUGUAGUUGUUCACCUCCAUCCAGAGACCACUCCAGCCACGUAAUGACCACCCAACGACACAUCUGGAUCACACUUGGUACACAGAUCCAAAAUGGACAACUUUUCAUACUGCCAGGGUUUCGGGAGGAUUGACCCAUAAUUCGGGGAAUUGUAGUUCACCCACUCCAAACACAAUACAUAACAUUGAAAGACAAAUAAUACCAUUCUCAAAUGACCCGGGCACCACCAGGUCCCCAAGCUAGUAAAUAAAUAAAUUAUAGUUGCCCACAGAUGCUGUUCCAGGGUUGGGUGACCAAGGUUGGAAUGAUAAUAAUGAUUUUUCAUUAUGUUAGGCUGCAAUCCUGGAAUAAAUUAUCCAUUAAAAGAACACAUUCAUUUGUUUUAAUGUCAUUAGAUGUUUCUAGUAUACAUAUUGUUCCCAACUAAAAUUCAAUCAGACAAGAGAAAUACGUCAUUUCCUUUACUUCUAAAAUUAGCCUUUAUUCUACUUUCUUAAAAAAGAAAUUCUCACAAAAGAGAAAAAGUGAGGAUCAAAAAUCUGUAAAUUAAGAGUACAAAUUACUAUAAACAAUAUAUCUGCAAAAAUAUCUGAACAAAAUUGAUGUCUGUAGGAUGUAUGUAUGAACAUAGACAGACUGAAUCUAAUGUUUCUUUCGCCUCUAGUCAAACAAUAAGUCACUAUCUACAAUAGUGGAAUAACCCAAAAAAUUAAAUUUGCAGAGAUUAGGUACCAUUGCUUAAUGUUUCACACCAAAGAAGAUGAGGAAGUUUUCAAAGGUAAAUGUACAGGGGAAAGAUACUAUGCUAAGUCAAAGUGAAAUAUAUAUUUUAAUUGAGUCUGGGUAAAUCUCAAUGCAAAUUCAUUUGAUUAUCCAUUUUGAGAGUUGUAAGGGACUGUGAGUAGAAAGGAAAGUGGCCAAAUUAAAUAAUUUAAUGCAAUCCUGUUCUGUUGUCCAGUGGUAUCAGACCCUUGUUUGAGGCUGAAUGUUAGAGUACAACUGAGUGCAACAAGCCUGCCAUGUUAUCCACUGGUUUUAAUUCCCCUUUGCAUGGUGGUGAGAGUUGAAAUAAAAAAUACAUCACUACAGUUAGCUGCCUUGAGUCCCUAUAGCAGGAGAAUAGUGGAAUAAAAAUAAUUUAAGUUAGUAAAUAAAUAAAAUAGUCCUCUAUAUCUGUGCCCCUUGCAGAGCCCAAAAUCCAUAGAUGCUUAAGUACCCAUAUACAACAUAUAAAUGAAAUAGCUGACAAUCUAGACAUAAGUUGGAGCAUGUUAGUUGGGCAACCAUGGGCAUUGCCAAUCAAUUGGGCAACUGUGGGCACUGCAAAUUGGAUGGAGAAGCAGUAAGAACCAUGUCAACACAUUCUUGGCUCUCCUUCAUUGACACAACUCUUGCAUCAAAGAGCAAGAGAAGAGGAAUAUCUGACCUGUGGUUGGUUGAAUCUGGAUGUGAAACUCUCAAAUAUACAACUAUAUAUUCUUAUUCCAGGUACACUGGCAAGACACUCUCCUCUCUAAACAACUGAUUUGCACAAAUCCACAUAAUCAUCACUGCUAAAUUAAGCUUAGGCACAGAUGUGGCACAGAAGUUUAUGAUCACUGAAUUUUAGAGUACAACAUCUAGCUUGUAAAUUGGAUUCCUUUCAUGAUAUUAGGAGUUAAACUGGGGAGUGCCAAGAGCCGAAACUACUCAGGCCAAUGAUAUAAUUAGUACAAUUCAUGGGUGAUACAUUUCAACAUAUCUUUGUGAAAACUGGGAACCACAGAUAAUAUUGAACCCUAGAUUUUGACUAUACUUGGGCCAGAAGCAUGUGAAAUAGAGCACUAAAGGACCUAGAGAAGCCCAGAAACACGUCUGGAGAGGAACUCCUUUUUUUUUUUUUUUUUUUUUUGGAGCAUGGGUAAGCAAAACCAUGCAGAGUGUGUCCGUGGAUAGUAGAGUUGUACUGUAAAUGCACUGAUCUUUAGCAUUUUUACACAGAUUGAAUAUUGAAUCAUUUUAUUUUCAGCAUUAGGGAUUGAAGUGUAUUUUUAACGUUAAUAAUUUUAGGUUUUAAAUAUUUUGACAUUGCUUAGUUUUAAAUGUGAAAAGAAUGAAAUUAUUAUGCAGAGAAGAAAAUGCAUUUGUGGUAUACUGGUAAGCUUUCAGCUGUCAUAUUACAUGUUAGAACUUGAUAAAUGGCUGUGAGGUAAAAUGAGAAGGAAGAAAGUAGGAUUCAUUUGAUUGCGUGUCACUCUGCUGGUAGCAAUAUUUCAUCUUUUUAUUUUAAAAUCUCAACAUUCAAGAAUCAUCUAAUAAACUGUAAUCCUGGCUCAAACUGUUACAUUGGAGAAUUCAGCUUUAAUGGUAAAAAGACUCAAGCAGUCUAAUAAACAAUGAGAUGGAAUAAGAUCAAACUUGUUAAAACUUUGAUAUAUAGAAAUAAAAGUUUUGCUGGGUAAAAUUAAUUCUAGUGAAAUGGCUUCUUUAUUGUGCUUUCGAACAAAUAAAACUACAUUAUGGGAAAUUCAAGGAAGCUAUUUUAGGUCGAUCUGGCUACGCUGAAAGAAAUCAGAUCUUAUAAUCUCUUUAGCUGUUCAGUUUUGAUUCCAAAUGUUUAGUUAAUGCUUGGGGUUCAUGGAUAUAUAUAUUUAAAAGUCUCAUAGGAGAAACCGGUCCUUACGUUAUGAAACUCAUGUGUUUGCAGAAGGAAUGGGCAAGGUGUGUUGCUCCAAACAUUGCGGAACUUCAAUUCCCUUUAGCGUUUAGCCAUCCAGGCAAUAAUGAGGCAUGCUGGAAGUUCAACAACAUCUGGAGGGUGAACAGAGACAUCACACAGUGGAAGAUAUAGUCUUGGAACACUCAAAAGACAUUUAGAAAGACAUUACACUGUAUAGUAUUGUUGCAACUGAAGCAUCAACUGAUGAGAUACAGUGCUGAAAAACUCUUAAGAGAUUAAAAAUAACAGGGGGUGCAGAAAGCCAAGCCAUUUUCGAAGCUUAAAUACUUAUUUAGACGUUGAAUAGCUCAAUGCUUAGGCAAAAUUCCCAACUGAACUAUUAAAAAGGCCACAAUUCCGUUUGUUCCAAAUUAAUGUUCCUACUAUUAAUGGCCUUUCCACUACUUUUACCAUAAUAACUUUUGGUCUUCUAUUUAGUAAUGUUCUAUGAAAAAAAUAUGAAAAAAAGAGAGAGUUGAAAUAUUCUCACUAAUUUGUGUCUUAAGAUGCUUGCUUUCAGCCCCAUUUAAAAUAAGAAUCUACCUGGCAAACCAAGUGAUGCUAGUAAAAUUAGCCAUUUUUUACUUUCCCACAAUGCCCUCAGUAAAAGAUCAUUUCAUUGGCAGUGUGGUAUUUAUAUAGCGAUUAGACCGAGGUGAACAUUGCUGCUCAAAUGCCACAGCAACAGCUGCGAUAGUGAGAUAUGACUAUUUGGAUCUAAAAUCCCUACUUCCCAGCCAUUAUUUUUACAUUUUAAAUCCAUCUUUACAUUAUAAAUAGGAAUUUAAGAUGGUUAACAGAAACCACAGUCAAACUAUUAUACUGUUUCAAAAAGUCAAAUGAAAAAUAUGCAUCUUCACCCAGAUAGUUAGCAACAAUAGUACUAACUGGUUGCAAUCCCAAGGGACUGUAUCACAAAUCUGGGAACAAGAGAGGAAAGUGUAUCUUGGAAAGUGUGUCUGGCAGUGGUGCUAUUCUCAAGAGGGUCUUACCAUAAGAUCUUAAAGUCUGGAAAGGUUCAUGAUACAACAGAUGGUCCCUUAGACAGCCACUUUCUGUUGUGAAAAAAGGGAAAUCCACUAAUCCACACACACGUGACGUAUUGGUUGUGAAGGAAGUAUCAAGCCCACUCAGUAUGUGUAGGCUUCCCAUACAGUUAUAACCUAACAUUUAGGCAAUGUAUGUAUGCAGAAUAGGCACCUGGUGAGAUAACAAUUACUUUGACACAAAAUAAUAGGUUUCUUUCAAUAUUAACAUUAGGUGGGUUCUCAGGAGUUCAACCCCCAAACCCCCAUGGAAGACCAUUAGUUUCAGGAUGGACAGCAAUUCAUACCAAUCCUGUAACAUACAAUGCUGUGGUAUAUCCUGCAUGAUAGUCCAUUAAUUCAAGGGGGAAAGUGAUUGGGAGAGAACUAUGUGUGGUUGUUUUUCUCCUGACUGGGCAGAAUAGAUUUAUAUAUGAUUUUGUUAAUUUUCUAAUGGCAAUCCAUUUUAUUUAAAAGGAAUGUAAUGGACUUUAUAUAAUAGAUUGCUAAUGUGACUUGGAAUGAUGAAGACAGAGAGUAAAGAAAAAAGAUAUUAAAGUUUGAGUUUUCACACUUUUUAUAUGUACUGUAUAUACUCGAAUAUAAGCUGAGGUAUCUAAUUUUGCCACAAAACCUGGGAAAACUUAUUGACUCAAGUAUAAGAAGGGGGUGGGAAAUGCAGCAGCUACAGGUCAAAUUCAAAAAUAAAAAUAGAUAUUAAUAAAAUUGCAUUAUUUGAGGCAUCAGUGGGUUACAUGUUUUUGAAUAUUUAUAUAAAACUGUAAUUUAAGAUAAUAAGACUUUAAUAAGAUAAGACUGUCCAACUCUGAAUACCUUUAUACUCAAGUAUAAGCCGACCUGAAUAGAAGCCGGCCAGGACCCUCACUCGAGUAUAAGCCGAGGGGAGCUUUUUCAGCCCGAAAAAAGGGCUGAAAAACUAGGCUUAUAUUCGAGUAUAUACAGUAUGUACUAUGGACAGAUAUUGGUUAAACAAUCUGCUUUGUUUUCACUUUCUUUGAUUUUAUUGUGCUUUCUGUAGAAUUUAACUCUAUUUCAUUUAACCAAUGGCCUUUGGCUAUUUAGUAAAGUUUUACUCUAUUUUAAUAAAGCUUUUAUAAAAUGAACACAGAUUUUAAUUCUUUUAAUGCUUUAGAAGCCCUAUAAAUACCAUUCAUCAGUCAUUUUAUUACUUCUUUCCUAUGAAAUGAGUCAUUUAUUUUCCAGUUUAGAAGAAUAUGAGUCCAGAAUAUGAGUUUAGCAUCUCACAUCUGGAAUUCCAAAAUUUGAAAUACUUCAAAAUCCAAGACUGUUCAUAUGGGUGAUGGAGAUAGUGAUGUCUUUUCUUUCUGACGGUUCAAUAUACACAAACAAUAUUACAUGUACAGAACUAGACAGAUAGAUAGAAAUACAGAUAGAUGUAGACACACACACAUGUAUUUUUAGUAUGUACAUAUUAAAGAUGUAUAUGUGACAAAUGACUUCUGAAUUUUAAAUGGUCCCAUACACAGAAUAAUGCAAGUAUUCCAAAAUUUGGACAAAAAUCCAAAAUCCAAAACACUUCUCAUCCCAAUAAUUUUGAAUAAGAGCUAUUCAACUUUGUUGUUGUUUUAUUGUUACCUGCCUGUCUCUACACAUUGACGUGUGUGUAUGUUGGUAGGGGUGGGGUGGACAAAUAACACAAUACAUCACAUCAAUUAAACGAAUAUAUAAAACCAAUAUAUGUAAAAUCCAUCUAUAAAUAUCUUAAAAACCACAGUUUAAUAAUAAUCUUGAUUGGUCUGCCAGAAGAAAUUGGUCUUAUACAAUGAACUAUGUAUUAUUCAGUGAACUCCUUCUAUGAUUGAAUGACCAUCAUAGACUUCCUCACCCUCAUAUCUCCACCCAUAUUGGCUCCAAAUCUGCCUAUGGAUAUUUGAGAGAGAUUUACAGACAUAGGAGAAGGUACAGGAGGGCUGCAAUGAGAAGGGAGUAGGACAAUGUUAUGCUACAUGGACAAAGGUCUAGUCCUCGAAUGUUCUAUUUUUCAGACAUCUGAAGGCAGUCUGUAACAAUAUUCACACAAGUCGAAGUAGCACACAGUACCAAAAUGAGCCAGGUAUGUUGAUCUCCUACACUCGUUGGUUUCAGAUUCACAAUAGUGCUCGUAAUAAUGAGUUCAGGACAACAAACUUCAUUUUAUUGAAGGAGACAAUCUUGUGGGAGAGGUAUGUUCAAAGAAAGGCAUUUAAAAAAAAUACAGGAUUGCUCAGAGAGAUAUGCAACCAACAUCUCUCUCCAGCCAAAAAAGAAUGCAGUACAAUAUCACUUGUGAUUAUUUUAUCAGGCAGAUGUUAGGGGAGAACAUCAGAACACAGAAAAACAAAACAAGCCAAUCUUAGGUCAUGGAAAUCAUUCCUCUCUGUAGUUAUUGAUACAGAAAUCUAAAUAAAACAUAUUUUUCAAAGCUAAAUCUUUAUCACCUGUUUUUCAAAAUUCAGGUACAGCUAGUUUUAAAAUUCCAUUGGCAUGAAUACUUGCCAUGUUUUAACAUGCGCUUAUGCAAGUCCUUUCAUAAUUGUAGUAAGGAGGGUGCAAUCAAUAUCUGACUGAUGCCUAUUGAAAAUUUUUACUUAUGCCAAUGAACCUAGAUUGCACCUUAGACAGACCAAGAUGUAUUAAAGUCACACAUCAAUCAUGUGUCAUUUUUGUAAAACCAGAUUCAGAACAAGAAUGCUUUUAGAAUUUUGAGCAGUUAAUUCCACAGCUGUAAAAAGAAAGAAACCCUGUUGGAAGCUAUUUGUUUUUCGAGCUAAUAUUGAACGCACAAUGCAGUGUACAAUUGGCAGAUGUGGAACAAAGUGAGCCACUAGGAACAUAUGGUGACAAAAGCCUGAAAGGUUCAGUAGAUGUGUAUCAUUAUAACUUUGAAAAUGAAGGGAAAAACAUUAAAACGAGCAUGGACUUUUAGGUAGAGCCAGCAAAAUGAAAGUAAAUUCAAAGAGUGACUUGAUGCUAUCAAAUCAGUGUCUUGACAUGCCUGAAAAGUUGGAUUUCAAACUGCACAUAUGCCAACCCAAACAGAUGGUAAUGUAAUUGUACUGUCUGAAAUAUCUGUUGAGCAAUUUUGUAGUGCAGUGGGCUUUAUGGGAAAAUGCUGCUGGAAGAAUAUAUAUUACAAAAGCAUAAAAUAAAUCUAUCACAAUUUUACUUUUGCAUUUUCAAAGUAAAAAAAUGACUAGGCUUACAAGAUAUUUUUAAUCCCAAUUCUGGAAUCUUAAUAAAAUAUAAAAUCAUAUAAUCAUAGUGUUGAAAGGGGCCACUAAGACCAUUUAGUUCAAUCAAGAGGGAAAAUUAGGAAUGGGGCUUAUGAACUUGAAGCUGAAUUAAGCACAUGUUACAAAGCUUAAGGAAAAAUGGGAAGCAGAUCUCAUUGAUAACUCUUUUUCUAAGAUAAGGGUUAGGAUAAUUUGAUCCUCUGCAUGUUGCUUGAUUGUAACUCCCAAGAUUCCUAAACAUUGGUUAUGCUACCUAGGGCUGCUGGAUGUUGCAGUCCAACAACAUCUGGAGGCCUGAAACAUUUCUAUCCCAAGCUUCUAUGCCAGUUUGCUAUCUCCAUGUACCAAAGCCCUCUGUGUGCGUAGCAAGAAAUAAAUGAGUAGUAAUAAUGCCUACCUCCAAGAAAAUCAUCUGGAUUUAGGGUUACAAGUUGUAAGGAUGUUAUGAGUUAAUGGGGAUUAUUGAUAUGAUUUUAUUUAUUUGUUUGUUAAGGGAAAAGGGAGUUAUAUAUUAGCAAGGAAAAGCCUAGCAUGGAUACUAGCUGGAAGCAGCAUUUGGUAGGUUGCCAUGGUAACACAGCUUCCCUUGGGAGAAAAGGGGCGUGGCUAAGAUGACAGUUGGAGCAUAUUCCCUUUUAAAAAAGUUCAGUUGCUGUGAGGGUUUAAAAAGGAGUGGCUGUUAGGGGUUUGAGAAGAAGAGUGGCUGUUAGGUUUUGGAAAGAUUAGGAGCUGUGGAAAUCAGCUAAGGACGGCAGCUUAUUGUUCACGCAGGGGAAAGGCUGGUGAUAUAAGUUGACCAGGUGUUUUAUUUACUGUUCGAAGAGAAGUUAUUUAAGAUAUAUCCAUUCAAGAUAGACCACAUUGUAACUUAAGAUCCUGAAACGUUUAUAUAUUGGAACCAUACGCUUAUGUACAAAUAAAGAUUGAAUUUUAUUAUUGUUCAUAAAAAUAAGUCUCCUUGCCUCUCCGUAAGCCUGUUACCUCACGUUGGUGGCAGUUACCGUACCUAUCUAUAUAAGUUACCGUACUUUUCUAUAUAAGUUACCAUCUUUACUCAUUUAGACCCAUCAGUUCUGUUAUCCUUCCUUAUCCACUAAAUCAUCCCUGUCAUACAUUCACACAUCCUCCAUCCCUCCCUCUCACACGCGCGCACAUCUCCUGAAGGCAGCAGUGGGAUUUAAAAAAAGAUUUCCCCUGCCUGAGUUGAGUACCACAAUUUGGGCUCACCUCAAUUGGUGCCAAGCGGCGGGAUACGUUUAACAUCUCAAACUAAGUGCCUUGAGACCGCAUAGUAAGAAAUCGUGAGGUAAAAUUUAAGAAAAAUGGCUACUAGACUACAGAAGAAGUUAGCAGGAGAGGCUAGUGAAUACCAAGGAGAUAGUUCGGACUCUGAGCAAACCCCUGAGACAAGGGAAACCCUUAAAUAUAAAAUUGAAUUGAGAAAAUUAGAAUUGGAGGAUAAACAAAGAGAAAGCGAGGAUAAGCAAAGAGAAAGAGAAAGGGAGGAUAAGCAAAGAGAAAGGGAGGAUAAGCAAAGAGAGAGAGAAUGGGAGGAAAAACGAUGGGAAAUGGAACAAGAGAAGGAAUUGAAAAGAAUGCAGCUAGAGAAGGAUAAGGAAAUAGAACUGAAACGAUUGGAAUUGGAAAUAGAGAAAUUGGCACUGUCUCAACCACACAUUAUUAACCAAGAAGGGAAUGGUAGGACUGAAGCGUCUGAUCUACUUCUGAAGAGAUUCUCAAAGUUUAAUAAAGAUGAUGAUGUGGAGAUGCAGCGGAUUGAGCUCGCACCACUUUUGAAAAUGUCAUUGUGUCCAGGGGAUUCUUGGUGCCUGAUUGAUUAUAAGUGGUUCAAAAAGUGGCAGAGAUAUGUGGGUUUUGAAAGUUGGGACCUGUAUUAUGCAGGAAAACCUGAUCACUACCCAGGACCCAUUGACAACAUGAAACAUUUUGAAGAUUCAGAAACUCAGACUUUAAAAAAGUAUCGCAUGGAUAAAGUGGAUUAUGAGGUGAUUCCUAUUGAAGCCUGGAAUAAGUUAGUCAAUUGGUAUGGCUGUACAGAGGGACAGAGACCAAUUGAGAGGAAAGUUGUGGAAUAUGGCAAAUAUUUCAAAUACUGUAGAGUGGAAGUUUAUCCUUCAGAGUUGAAGCCAUCUCAAAACAAUGACUCUACUGAUCAUAUAAGCUCUUAUUUUGACCCAGUAGAAGAUUCUGCUGAAGAUGGAGGAAUCGUAAAUCUCCAAAAGAAAUUAUCUGAGUCACAGCUUGAGACUCAUUGCGUGGCUGAGGUAAAUGAGUCACCAGUGGCUGAGAUCCCUGUUCAACACCGUGGUGACACAGGAAUAGAGCAAGCUGAGGUAAUGGGGGAUUUAGAAGUGCCAGCCAUUGAUGAAGAUGAUUUGCUUGAGCACUCUAAAGAGAUGAAUGUUGGUAUAAGGAGUCAGAAGUUGGAGGAAGAUGGCAGUUGUUCAGGACAGACUUUACAGUCCAGUACUACAAAGGGCAGAAGUCUGGAUGCCUCUUCACAGUCUUCAACUGACUCUAUCUGCUCAGUAGUUACCGCUUUGGUCACCACAAGUACAGAGCAUGGUCAGCAGGUGUGGCCAGAGGAAAAUUUACCUCAGGAAAACACCAAAUUUAAUCCGGUUAAGUUGCUGUGUGCAGGAGAGCCUAAAGGACCGGUGGAAACCUGGAAGGAGGACAGAGCAGUGACCGGUACCUCAAAGAACACCAUUGUUAGAGGAAAGAAGAUGGACAUCUUGAGCCUGUGGGUCAUCGCCAAUCGCAGCGAACCAAGAAACAAGCGGAGAUUGGUUUGCAACGGAGUGAGUUCUGAGGACCACUAUGCAACAGAGAUUGGUACUUUUAACCAUCAGCAGCUUACUUUCAAUAUUCUACAAAAAUGUUUGGACAAUGUUUCGCAGGACUUCUUAAAUGACUCUUGGAAGUUUUGCAAAAGACUUUUUGGGACAGAGGGAAUUCAUUGUGUUGCUGGGAAGGAUGAGUGUGGUUGUCCCCAACAACACGUUAACCUCUGGAAUGCUCCGCAGAGUGAAACGUCGAGGAACUGUACUAACUGGGCUGGAGAGGAAGAUUUCUAUGAGUUGGACAAAGUGUCUAAAGAUGUUUUAGUCCAGUGUAUAAAUAAAGACUUGGGGGAUAACCCAGAAUAAGAAUUAAACUGUUAGAAAUAUGAUUUAUGGAAAAUGUAUUUUUAAAAUGUCUUUUGAUUUGAGGUUGUGUAUCUUAACACUGGGAGAUGACCAAUGGAUUUAAGGUGUAUGUUGAAUAGUAACUAUCUCAUAACUGAAUGGUGAGAUAUGAAUAUGCUAUGCGUAUAUGCAACAGUGAAGGUUUGUAUUUUAUGAAUUAUGUAUUGUGUUUAACUCCAUGUUUUUAUUUCAGGAAUACUGUUGUGUAUGUAUAUAUGUAUUUAUUAAUUAUUUUUGCCCAUUCUAGGCAUAGAAAAGGCAAAAAUAAUCUUUCUUAGGGGGGAGGUGUAAGGAUGUUAUGAGUUAAUGGGGAUUAUUGAUAUGAUUUUAUUUAUUUGUUUGUUAAGGGAAAAGGGAGUUAUAUAUUAGCAAGGAAAAGCCUAGCAUGGAUACUAGCUGGAAGCAGCAUUUAGUAGGUUGCCAUGGUAACACAGCUUCCCUUGGGAGAAAAGGGGCGUGGCUAAGAUGACAGUUGGAGCAUAUUCCCUUUUAAAAAAAGUUCAGUUGCUGUGAGGGUUUAAAAAGGAGUGGUUGUUAGGGGUUUGAGAAGAAGAGUGGCUGUUAGGUUUUGGAAAGAUUAGGAGCUGUGGAAAUCAGCUAAGGACGGCAGCUUAUUGUUCACGCAGGGGAAAAGCUGGGAAUAUAAGUUGACCAGGUGUUUUAUUUACUGUUCGAAGAGAAGUUAUUUAAGAUAUAUCCAUUCAAGAUAGACCACAUUGUAACUUAAGAUCCUGAAACGUUUAUGUAUUGGAACCAUACGCUUAUGUACAAAUAAAGAUUGAAUUUUUUUAUUGUUCAUAAAGAUAAGUCUCCUUGCCUCUCUGUAAGCCUGUUACCUCACGUUGGUGGCAGUUACUGUACCUAUCUAUAUAAGUUACCGUACUUUUCUAUAUAAGUUACCAUCUUUACUCAUUUAGACCCAUCAGUUCUGUUAUCCUUCCUUAUCCACUAAAUCAUCCCUGUCAUACAUUCACACAUCCUCCAUCCCUCCCUCUCACACGCGCGCACAUCUCCUGAAUUGGAGGCAGCAGUGGGAUUUUAAAAAAGAUUUCCCCUGCCUGAGUUGAGUACCACAAUUUGAGCUCUCCUCAAUUGGUGGCAGCGGUGGGAUCAAAAGGAUUCCAUCCCUGUCACACAUCUGUACACAGGUCAUAUGUGUCAUCUGUGGCAGGAUGUUAUUAAGGAUUUAAACUUUUAGAAGACAUUCUUUUAAAAAGACCAUAUUGCAGACAGGGAGCACAGCGAGGUGUUGUAGACUGAAGGAAAUCUAUGGAUUUAUAGUAGACACUGCCAAACCUCUGUCAGCCAGAUAAAUCAAUAAGUAAGCUGAACCAAGGGAACCAAACUGCACAAAACUCAAAAUAAAAAAUCAAGCUGCACAAAACUCAAUACAUAGGAUUUUGUAACUUAUCAUGAGAAAAAAUAAAAACAAAAACAGUUGAGUCAUGUUCAGGAAUUGGUUCUCCAUACAUUGAUGCUUGACAGGUAUGCCCUGACCGUAACAAUUCUACUUAAGAGACUACAAGCUCACACUCUCCUAUAUUUUACUGAUGAAAACUGGGAUACAUGUGGCCAAGCGACGUCAGAAUGUGAUAAAGAUGGCGAAGGUUCUUAAUGAGCAAGAACUCACAAACUAGAAGAUGCUACAGCCGUUUGCUUUUGCCUGAGUCUACCGGGAAGGGCAAAGGUCGCCUUCAUCUUUUCCCUCUUUCCUGCGGAAUUAGUUUGCACUAAUAGAAGGAAGCAGAGCACAAAAGGGGGAAAGUAGAGGAAGUGAGGAAAAAUGGAACAUUUAAAAAGGAGCUAAAAUGGGAUGUUGGAAUAAAUAAAUAAAUAAAUAAAUAGUCUGCUAGCUCCCAUUACACCCUGGAAAAGCACUUCUGGGGUGGCUCCAUGGCAAAACUGCCAAAAAACAAACAAACAAACAAACCCUGCUGCCACCAAAAAAUAGCCCCUGGUAAAAGACAGAAGACUUUUUUUCCAUCAAAAUCUACAGGGACAGCCAGCUGCCUGAUGCUCUGCCCAGUAGGGUGAGGUAGGAGGAAAGCCAGGAUGGUGUGGGACAGGUCCUCACACUCCUUGUGUGGGUGCUACAACAAUCACUGCAAUCUGCUGCAUUCCGCGGCGAUUCUGGUGGUGUGUGUGAGGAGGUCCAUUGACUGUCACUCACAAUUUGCUUGCAAAUGAUAAUUUCUCCACUGGUGAGUUACACUAGAAUCUCUCAUGUUCCUCAACACAUAUUGGCUGGGAAAUUCUAGAAGUUGUAGUCCAAAAAAAUCACUCUUUCCAUCUUUUCUUUUUUUCAGGUAAGCAUGUAUGUAGUUGCAUUGCGAAGGUAAAACACUUUGCAUCUGCAUUUCUCUCCCAUUCUUUCUCUUGCAGUGUUGUCAGCUAUUUAAAGAUAAUUUCCUGGAAGUAGAUUGAAAGGAUUUCAAUUUUUAACAAAUUUAAAAACAAACUCUGGUGUCACUUUUGAAGCUAUUAUGUCAAAAAUGAAAGUGGCUGUUAUUUGAUCUAUCAGUGAAAGAGAACUGGACAAAACAGGGAGGGAGGUAUCUUUAACCCAUUUUACACAGUGUCUGAAAGACUUGACAAGUCUGCUCCAUACAAUUGAAGCCUUCUGUCCAAUCCAAACAUCAUAGACUGUUGUGGCAGAAGAAGUUAGAGGUACAUAUAACAGCUUAAAAGUUGACAUGGGGUACAAUUCUCUUUCAAAACAGUGAAGUUUUUAAAUCUUCCUCAUUAUUCUCUAAAACUGCAAACUGAUACAAUAAUAACAAUACACAUUGGAUGCUUACUUUUAGAUCUGUGCCGACAAGGCUGGAUGAAGCAGUUUUCCACCCGCUUAUCAUAGCACCUUCUCUGCUCCCUAAAAAUGUUGCUCAGAGAGUUGGGGAACCCCCUGCAGAACUGAGAUUCUAUUCAUGGGAAGCCAGUCUUGAAUUCAACCAAACAUUUUUAUCAGGCACAGUUGAAACUUCUUUUGCUAGUAUAUGAAACACUCCUUACAAGUUUAUAAUUUUAAUUAUUCCUAUUAUAGUAAUUAUGAUAGUAUAGUAUUAUCGUAGGAGUUCUUUUAUCGUAAAAAAGAGAACUCUACCACACUGCUCUGCUUAUUCAUAAUUAAUCCUCACUAUGCUCAGUAGGAUUUAGUCACAGAUCUUUUAUUAAACACAACAUUGAUUAAUAAAUUCUGUUUAUUAGAAAUGCUGGUCAUUACCUAUAAAGCCCUAAAUGGUUCAGGCCCAGGCUAUUUGACUAAUUGCAUUUCCUCCUAUAAACCAACCUUGACACGGCGAUCAGCAGAGGAGGCCCUGGUCUCGGUCCCACCCUCACCCCAAGCACGGCGGGUGGAUAUGAGAGAGAAGCCCUUCUCCGUGAUCGCUCCCCACUUCUUGAACUCCUUCCUUAAAGAAAUAAAGAUAUCCCCUUCCCUUCUCUCCUUCAAAAAAACAACUGAAAACUUACUUUUUCUCAUUAGCAUAUGGAGAGAAGGAGGAUUAGAUGAUGAUGUAACAUUACUAUACCUCUGAUUGAGAACUGUUAAUGUAUUUGGGUUUUGCAGACCCUGUUAGCCCAGUUAACAUCACUGGCCACAUAAUCAACUUGUAAAUUGAUGUCUGAGGUUCAUGUUUUAAGUUAGAUAUAAUUUAUCUGAUAGCUUAUGUUUUAUUUAACUUUAGUGUCAUGUUAUAAUGUGUUUUUAUAUGUUAGGUGAUUUUGUGUAAUGUUUGUAUGUGUUGUUGUAUUGAAGCACUGAGCAUUUGCCUUUUGUUUGUUAUAAUCCGCACUGAGUUCCCUUGGAGAGGUGGGCUGGAAUAUAAAUAAAGUUUUAUUAUUAUUACUAUUAUUAUUGUUGAUAUUUUUAAAAAAGGAUUGUAUGCCAAGAUAAUAAAUUAGACCCGUUCCUUCCUUCCUUCCAUUACUACCCCCCAUUAUUUUUCAUGAUAUCAAUUUCUAUUGAUAAAAGUUUAAUUGUUAUGUUAAAUGAUUUUGCCACAGUGAAAUCUGGAUGCUCAUUUCCUGCUGAACCAUAAGUCCUCACCAGCUGUACAAGUUCAUUCCACUGUCUGAUGCAAUAAAAAGAAGAAACAUGCAGGGUAAAUCAAAAGUAUAUGAGGAUUGAUCUACAAUGCGAUAUAAUGCAGUUUUGGAAUGCAGAAUAACAGUAUUAAACUGGAUUAUAUAUAGUUCAGUUCAAUGCAGUUACUCUGCAUUCUGAUACUGCAUUAUAUUGCAGUGUAUAUCCAGCCUGAGUUGUAUUUGAAGACUGUGGAUCAAUUCAAAUAGAACAGUUCAAGUGCUCCAACUUGUCUUCAAGACAAUUAGGCAAAUUACACGGUCUCAUAGUCUUGCUUUUCUUUGCAUCCUUAAUAGCAUCAUUGGCUUCCUCGUCUGAUCAAACCAUAGCUAAUUGUUGUUGAGAAAUCUUUGGUUCAUUCAAACCAUAAUUUCUCAUCACAGCAAGAAAAUCAAGGAGGGAAUGGGAGGGGAGAGUUGGGAGCUCAGAUUCAUUUUCAAGUAAAAAUUCUGAAGUCCUGUAGCAAAGGUCUUGAAAUUGCUAUAAACAGUGAGUUCCUGGUAAGCUCCUGGACAGCAGAUUCAGUACAUUAUCCAUCACCUUCUCCAGUCAUGGCAUCAUAUCUUCUCCAGUCAUGGCAUCAUUCAGUACAUUAUUCAUCACCUUCUCCAGUCAUGGCAUCAUACUAUUAUAUUUCCGAAACUGCUCUGUAUUUGUGCAUUGGCACAAAUAAAUUUAAUGACAAGCCCUUUCCUUUUGUAGUCACUGUAGGGACCUCAUCACAUGGAUGAGGUCCAGUGGCAUGAUUCACUAGCCACUAUGGCAAAUUAUGGGGACAGUGCGGGUGGCAAUGGGGCAAUCCCAGUGCUCCAGCCACCAGCUAAUGCUUCCCAAUCCCAUGUGGGGAGGUGUUGCAGCUCCUCCAAAGCCCCAUUGCUUCUUAUGGAACAUGGGGUGGCUUGUGUAUUGGCAGUGGAAGCUGCCACCCAUGCUGUCAGCCCACGGAGCCCCAUCAGAAGUUGCCUUACAUCAUUUGAUGGGUCACAUGGGGCUCCAUGGGUGAACUAGGGCAAAGCAUCUUAGGACACUUUAAUUGCCCCAUGUGAUAAGGCUGUAGGUAUCAGGCAGCAACAACUGUACUGUUUUGGGGAUCAACAAAGACCUUGUCUAUUAGUAUCUACUGCAUGUUUCAGGCAUCAGCAUCUAUUGCUGUGAACAAAUUCAGUGGAUUAAGAAGGCAGAAAUGCUAUAAAAAUAAACCCACUUCCUGUGUUGAAGUUUACAGGAUCAAUCUCACUAGCCUUGAAACAUCUGCACCAGGAUCCUCAUAGAACAAAGCUGGCAUAAAUGUAAAGAGAUCUAAUUGAUUCACAGCAUGAAAGAGUAAGUAAAGUCUAUGCUAAUCAACUGAAAUGUCUCUCCAUAGAUACAGCGGUGACUGCACACUCACAAUUGUCAUUGAUGAUAUUAAUAAAAGGGAACCAUGUUGAAAUAUGCUUAAUUCUGUCUGGUUGGAUUCUGAGAGAUAUGCCAUAUAUUGCAAAUCUAUUUAGUACAUGUACUAGUAGAAUACAGGCAAUCUAACUUGUGCCCAUAUGCCUACAAAACAUACACUAGAUGCUGAUUGUAUCAGGAAAUCAAUUUUUAGAGACUUAACAGGCUCCCUAACAUGCAUCUAUAGAAGUAAUGCAAUUUGACACCACUUUAGCUGUCAUGGCUCAAUAUAAAUCUUGGGAUUUAUAGUCUUACAACAUCUUUAGCCUUCUCUGCUAAAAUGUGUUGGUACUUCACUAAUCUAUAAAUCCCAAGAUUCCAUAGCAUGGAGCCAUGAUAGUUAAGAUAGUGUCAAACUGCAUUAAUUCUACAGUGUAGUGCCAUCCUCACUUUCAGAUGUUCCUAAAACUGACUUUCACAUAUUAAAUAUAGAGGAAAACACUAUGGGAAAUGAGUUGGCGAAGGUUUUCAUAGCUGGAAUCACUGGGUUGCUGUGAGUUUUCCGGACUGUAUGGGAAAUAUCUCUUUCUGUGUUAUUACCCUUUGCAGGUUUUUAAAUUGAGGCUGAAUGGCCAUCUGUAAGGAGUGCUUUCUUUGUUUAUUGGUAGGCAGUUGGACUGUAUAACUCUUGUGGUCUAUUCCAACUUUUGAUUCUUUACUUUUGCUUCAGAGGUUGCUGGAAAAUUUUGCUCAUAAUGAAUUUUCUUGCCAGUCUUGCCAAUGUUUAUAAACUCUAGUCAUGUUUUCUUCAUACAUAUAACACACAAAAUAGGAUUCCAUUAUCUUCAAUUGCAAAUGUUUUCCAAUAUUAGAAACAUAAAAUAGUAAUAUCAGAUAGUGCUGUUUUUUUUUCUUUUUGCCCUGUUAGCUCAAAUUUAGAAACAGAAAGAAACCAAUGAAUUCUUGUCAAUUUGUGCAUUUCCUAUGAAAACAAAGAAAACAAGGAUUCACAGACAAAGGUAAAGGUAAAGGUUUUCCCCUGACAUUAAGUCUAGCUGUGUCCGGUUGGUGUUCAUCUCCAUUUCUAAGCCAAAGAGCCGGCGUUGUCCAUAGACACCUCCAAGGACAUGUGGCUGCCAUGACUGCAUGGAGUGCUGUUACCUUCCUGCCAGAGCGGUACCUAUUUAUCUACUCAUACUUGCAUGUUUUCGAAAUGUAAGGUUGGCAGAAGCUGUGGCUAUCAGCGGGAGCUCACCCCACUCCACGGAUUUGAACCACUGAACUUUCUGUCAGCAAGUUCAGCAGCUCAGUGGUUUAACUCGCUGUGCAACCGGGGGCUCCAUUCACAGACUAUUUCUGAAAACUCUGAAAAAUGUUGUUUAUGUAUUAGGCAUUAAUUUGCAUUUUAAUAUCUUAAAAGGGAAUUAAACUAAAAUUAAAUUAAAAGGGAAUUAAUAGGGAAGCUUAAACUAGGAAUGAAGUAAUUUUAACCAGUUUGAAAAUAUAAACUUCUCCUCCUACCCUGCUAAUUCAUUUUCAAGUGAACAGAAUUGUAUGGAGUUUACUUCAAAUUAAUUUCUGUGUUGAUUGCAAGCCUGACCUUAUUCAUACAGGAGAAUAAACUGGCCUUGGAGUCUAGAUAUCACUGUGAAGGUCUGGGCUGAGCAUUAACACUGUAAUCAACAAGUGCUUCAGUCUCAGGGACAGUAAAAUUCAUAAAGCAACAGAAGUUGGAAGACUAAAUGGUGAAUUUUCUGAAGAGAAGCAUUGUUUAAGUGAAAUAAUGAUUAAGUGGGAGAGAAAUGAUGUUUUUCUUGAACAAAACAAUUUACUGAAACUCACCGUAAAUGGAAAUGCCAACAGGCAAUUUGUUUUGAUUUGAAGAGUUUCCAUGUCCAAAGAUUUAUGUAUGUGUGGGUAGGGUAUAUAAUGUUUAUAUGUGUUUUAUUUUUCAUCUUGAAAUCAUUCUUAGAACUUAAGAAUAAAUCUCUUACAAGCGUUCUGUAUUAACAUCAUAUUAUUAACCUCUGUUUGACAGGUACAAGGCAUGUGCUACAAAGCAGAGAAAGAACAGAAAGAAAUGAAGGGAAGGAUUGUCAAUUUUCUGACAGAUGCUUAUUAAGUGUUUGUUGUACAAUAUAUAUCAUCAUCACACAAGUAACAAACAGAUUUUAACAAGUCCAGGGAUUCAAAUAUUUUGUGCAUGUUAUGAAGGAUGUCUUACUUACAUAUGGAGGAAAGCAUACAUCAUAAUAGCUUUAGAAAUGAUCAAGUCUAAAGUGAAAUGCAUGAGCAUAACUUGUAAGACAGUCACUGAGAAUUCUAACCUGUGCCAUUUGUCUGGUUCUUGAUAGUGCCAUGUAGAUCUCACUUGAUAUUUUUAACAUGUCUCAUUCAGUUUGACAGAAACGAAAUUCCUAAGGAGUAGAAAAUGCUGGUAAAAUAUAGUGCAGCAUAUCUGAAGAAUGUGCUAUGCAUAUUUUAACAACUUAAAUUACCACUGGAAUAGGUAACCCACAGAAAGAAUCUUCAUAGUUCCCAUAUAGCAGUACCAUUACACACCCUCCAGCUGUCCCAGUUGGUAGAGAUCAUCUCAAUUCAUCCUCUAUCAUCUCACCUUUUCAGCUGCUUUUAAAAUAUCCAUGUUUCUUUUUCCUUUCCUUUUUCCUCCUUCACCGCCAUCAUACUUCAUUCUUCAAAAAAAGUUGAAAGUGUCAAAGUAUUUUGCACUUAAUUAAUUCAGUUGAAGUGUCAUAGAGGAAGGUGUGGACUCUUAACUUUCUGAGUAGGUUCAGGUUAAACAAAAUAGCUACAACCUCUCCUAGCUUGUGUUUUCUUCCUCAUUAAAAACGUUCACUCCCUUGACCACACUCUGAUGUUAUUUGACCAUGUGUUUUCUAGCUCCAUCUGUGCAAUGAUGGAACAUAUAGCAUUUAGGAGCUCUGAAACAUAACAGAACACAAGUAGCACCACAUGGGCCAAAACUGGAAUGUAGUGAUUCCCGGCUACUCUGAAAAUGGCCAUAAUGAUCUAGCAUCAGGAAUUUAUAUAAGAAGAAUACAGGAUGGAAGAGGAAGGAUUUCUGGGGUUAAUGAAAUUAUCUGAGACAUAAAGAAAAAUAAAAAGAAGGGCAAGAAAUAGUUUUGUCUCCUCAUUUUGGCCUGAGAGUUCUGGAAGGUAUAUAUAAAGAGAUAGGGUCUUUCAGAUAGUUUGGACCUAAACUGGACAUUAUGGGUCAUGACCAGCACUUUGAAUUGUGUUCUGGAAAUGAGCCAGUAACCAAUUCUGCUGUUUUAAGAAGGAAGUUCUCUGUACCUGACCUCGAUCAGUCUUCUGGCCAUAGCAUUCUGGACCCGCUGUAGUUUCUGAAAAAUUUCUAAAGACCUAUGUAGAGUGCAUUACAGAGAUCCAAAUGGAAUACAAUCAAAGAAUGUGUCAUGGUGGCCACCAGAUUUUAUAAUGUCUCAAGAAAUGAGUGCAACUGGCAUACCAGUUGUAGUGGUGGUAAUGCAUUCCUGGGCACUGCUGAAACCUGGCCAUUCAGGCUCAGAGCAGAGUCUGGGAAAACAUCCAACCUAUGGACCUAAGAUUUCAAAGGGAGGGUAACCUCACCUAGCACAGACAGAAUCCCUGUUUCUGAUCUGCCUUUCAACUGACCAGCAGCAUGUUCUUCAAAAGCAGAAUAUUGCCUCUGAGUAUUAAUGAACCAAAAGACAGGAGCACUUGAAAUCACAGUUCAGUGCUAUGAACUGUUUUUUUACAGCCAUGGAUACUUUAAGGCCAUGGAAAUGGAAUAACCCAAGUUCUAAUGAACUGGGACUUAAUUCUUUGAGGCUUUCACUUUCAAAAGAUAUAAACCUUUUGCAUUGGACAACAACUGACAAGCUUUAUCUAUAUAGCAUUUAAAUUGUUUUUUUAAAAAAAUAGAUGUAACAGUAUAGAAAUUUCUUGACAAAUUAAAUGUUCUCUGCUUACCAAAGGAUCAGUUCGCUUUGCAGAGACAGCUGGAUUUCAAGGAAGGUUGUUGGUAAUGUAGUUAAAAUUUUAUUACCUGCCUUUUACUGCCCUUUGUUGCUGGUUAAAAUCAUACAAUCAUAUAGUUGGAAAAGACCACAAGGAUCAUCCAAUACAAUCCCCCCCCCAGCCAUAAAGAAACACACAAAGCACUCCCUACAGGGUCAAGAAGGAGUGACUUCUGCUUGCACUGAAAACUUUCAAUACCAACUUAACUACCAAUAGAGUAACAUCUGGGACAGAAUGUAGGACUGUGACACUAUUAUCUUCACUUACCUUCUCUGUAUAUUUGUUUUUGUCUGAUGAAGAAGCCAGUUAAACUUUAAAAGCUUAUAUGAUGCAUUUUCAGCAUUUUGGUUGGCCAAUAAAGGUAGCUCUCUUUUGUGGAGUUUAUAUUUUAUUGUAUUUUCCAGUUUUAACAGUGCUACUAUGGUGGCUUUCAAGGUGAUGGAUGUAAUGGUCAUGCUAAGGUUGAUGGGGAGUUAUACUACUUUAACGUCUCUACAUGAGCAACCCUAUUCUUGAUGAUGAAGGAGCUCAUUGUCAUAAUGCACUGUUGAAAGACUUCUGAAAAAUGCUGAUUUAGACAAGCUUUACUGUACACAUUGAUUUAGAUAAAAGGUUUCAUUAACCACAUAUUCAUUGCAUUGAAAUGUGUGGCACAUUUUACCAGAUAUCAGUGCAGAUUCCAUUACUUGGAUGACAUGUAUAUCAAUCACCCUAAUACUGCGGCAUUUCAUAUUCAGAGAACUUUUAAAACAUUCAAUUAAUUUUCAAAACUCCAGAGAUUAUGGUGGCAAGGUAAGUGAGAGAUGUGACUUGACAACUGAAUACUGGAGCCUAAGGAUUCAGCAAUAUGCUGAAUCACUUUUUAAUUAAGAUAAACAGGGUAAAAGUCCACACAGAAUCUUUGAAAGGUUACUUCUUUGGACUUUAACUUCCAGAAUCCUCCAGCCAACAUCACUGCUACAAAAAAUUCAUUGUAAGUGAUGAAUAUUUUUUCCAUAAAGAAGCACAUCACAGUUUCAAACUUCCAACAUCAAACUGCUUAUUCAGCUUUCAAAGGCUGUGAGGAUGAAGAGUUAUCAGAAUUCCAUUCAUUUCUCUGCAUGUAGCUCAAAGCACAACUUUAUUGUAUUCAAAUCUAAUAAAAAAAGUUCAGUGAAGAUUUUUCCUAUGAAAGUUAUGUAUUAUAUGACAGUCAGAUAGGCAUCUGCUAUGGAUUGGAGUGAGCCCCCAGUGGCGCAGCAUGUUAAAGCAUUGAGAUGCUUAACUUGUGGACCAAAAGGUUACAGGUUCGAGUGAGCACUCACUGUUAGCCCCAGCUUCUGCCCACCUAGCAGUUUGAAAACAUGCAAAUGUGAGCAGAUCAAUAGGUACUGCUCCGGUGGGAAGGUAACGGUACUCCAUGCAGUCAUGCCGGCCACUUGACCUUGGAGGUGUCUACGGACAAUGCCGGCCCUUCAACUUAGAAAUGGAGAUGAGCACCAUCCCCCAGAGUCAGACAUGAGUGGACUUAAUGUCAGGGAGACACCUUUACUUUUACUAUGGAUUGGAGUGCCACUUUUGGCACUAGGCAACCCUGUCACUACAUGUUAUGAUUUGGGUUGAUCAAGUGAUAUUUAUUUAUUUCCAAUAUUUCUACCCCGCCCUUCUCCCUGAGGGGACUCAUAGAGGGGAUAUACAUAGAAUCAUAGAUUGAUAGAAUCAUUGAGUUGGAAAAGACCACAUCGAAUAUCAAGUCCAACCCCCUGCCAUGCAGGAAAAGCACAACCAAAGCACCCCAAACAGAUAGCCAUCCAGCCUCUGUUUGAAAGCCUCCAAAGAAGGAACUUCCACAACACUCGGAGUCAGAGAGUUCCACUUACUAAUGGUUGCUUUUGGGGACAUCUCUGGGAUUUUUCUUUGUUGUUUCAGGGUGACUCAUCCAAUAGUAUUUUAGAACAAGAACUGUUCCCUGGGGACUUAUUUUUCAACUGAGAAAUUGUUUUUUAUUGAAGUUGAUUACUGGGCAUUUUAGGAAGUCAAUGGGAACCUGGCGUACCAAGGGCUCACAAGAUUCACCCAAUGCUGCAUCUGACCGAUUAGUAGCAUGAUUCCCAAUAUAGAAUUUAAUAUAAAAUUGCCCUCUGAGUGAUUUACCAAAAAAAAUAUUUUCAAGAUAUUUUGAAAAAUGUUUUAAAAAUAUUUUCAAGGAAGUACAAUUUCAAAAUUACUAAAACAGAAAACUAACUUCUUCUAGUCACUGCUAGGCUAAUUAGCCAAUAAUCUCAACCCUGAUCUUUCUAUAUAGAUAUGCUAAAUGUUGAUCUAAUAUGAUAUAUGCUAUGUCAUACAGCUUCAUUUUCCCUUAGCUAUGAUUCCCUUUCCUGGAAUAUUAGUAGAAUCAACUCUUCUAGAGUUAUGAAACAUAGGUAACAAGCAACUACUUAAUGCCUUACGCUGAAUAUGUCCUUACAUUUACAUUGGUACCGUGAGAAAUUCCUUAUACUGGUGAAAAUCCACCAUACUAUCAAUAUCUUUAAGAUAUUAGCCCUGUGCACAUGUUGAUCAGGGAAAUAUGAUAGUUGCAGUGACAUAGAGAAAUCUGCCUCAAUUUGGGCACUCAGUUGGAUUUUUACCUGAAUACAAACUUCCCACUCUGAAAAUAAGCAAGGUUUCCUCCCUGUUAUGUUCACAUACUUUAGGGACUUGUUCCCCAAAUUGUCUUGAAGAGCUAAGAAUAUUUAAACUGCAUAUAUAUAAUGGCCUGAUUACACUGAAUCUUGGGAGAUGGGCAAAACUCCUCCUUGAAAGUAUUGGCAGAAAACUUAAAGAGAAUUCAGAGUUGUUCUCAAUAAGAGAAAGAAAUGUACUUUACAAAGAUAGUAAUGACUGGCCUGUGGAUCUCUGUCAGAAUUGCCCACCAGCAGUGACUUCUGAUGUGGACAUUAUAUUCUUCCUCAGAAUGUGAAAUUGCCCAAGAUACUUAUUUUAGUUUUUGAAAUUAAGUGAAAUUUCAGAGAGAAUAGGCAAUGCUGAGGAUGCAUUCAAAGGAACAAUAAGGUACCCACCAGCCUACAUUCUGCAUGAGAUUGGUCUAAUGAAGCAUCCUUGGCUAUUCUGAGUAAUUUUACUUUCUAUCCCUUUGCUCACAGAGAAGUCAAAAGAAUAAUCAACCAACAGGCUGUCUGCUUUUCAUUAAAAUAAUGGUUUUCUUGGUCAGUUAAUAAAUUUUCAACCUGUAAUUUUAUAUUCUGUCACAAAGAUUUUAAUGAAAUAAAAAGUCAGUGGUAGGAUCGGGGACGAGAGGAGAUAAGUAUUUGCAUUUGUGUCUGUAAUCUUCAUUUUUUUUCUGCAGAUACCGAAUCUGGGAAUGUAAGCCUUAAUUCUGGAAUAUUUUCCACAGCAGUAUUCUUUGCAAUAUGUUUAAUUGUAUAACCACAAUGAAAUAAAAAAGAAGCAUUAAUGUUAGUGUUAGCACUAGUACAAGAUAGCCGACCCCACCUAAUAAUAGGAAAGUCUGCUAAUGUUAGCAGGAAUCACUGUGGGUUGUUGUGAUGUUGCUGAUGAAUAAAAAAGUGAUGGAAAAAUGUACUCCUGCUGCUUACUGGUUGGAAGGCACAAAAUUUUCUUGAUAAUGGAUGUUGGACAGAGAAAUCCUAGCUGUCUAUGCAUCCAGUUUUUGAGCAGAAUGUCUGGAGCAAAUCAGGAAAAAUGACAGGGGAUAGAAAUGAUAUUUUCAGGACUGUUUAUUUAUAUUUAUUUCUACUGUAGGGAAAUUAGAAAUAUAUUUCCCAUAUCUUUAGUCACAAUAGUAAAAUGUCACUUAUUUAAUGCAGGUAAGAAAAGAAAUGAUAUCUUAGGGAUACAGGUGGGAAUAGGGGAGGAAGACUCAUGACUUCUCCAUUUGGCCAUCCCAUGCCAAACAUUGCAAAACUGGACAGUGUUUUCCUUUUUCAAACCUUCAUAAAUGAGACAUUGAUACAGAUUACUGUGACCUAAAGGGUAAACAUUCUAUGACAAUGUCUCAUAAACAGUUGUAAACUGCUUCCCCAAAUUUUAUCCAGUUCACGUGUACACUUUUUAGAAAAUUUACCAAAAUAAACAAAAACUUUUAAGACAAAGAAAAAGGCCCAAAAAAUUUAUUUC